AUGGCGGAUUCAAUGCUGAACUAUGGAAAUCCAGCAGAAGUCUCCAUGUUCAGAAUAAACAAGGAAUGUCUAGCAAUAUUAGUGCAAGCGAACGACAUCGACUCUCUUCAGCAAUUUGGUUGCAUGCCAGGAUUAAUGGAAGCAUUAGAAACUAAUGCAGAAACAGGAAUAAGAGGGGACGCCGGAGAUCUUUACCGCCGCCACAAAGCAUUUGGCCCCAACUUAUACUUGGAGGAGCAACCGUUUCCCACGGUGGUAGAUGGCUUCUGUCGGCUAGCUUUGCUAGGUUUGAAAGACACUACAANGUAG